GCGGGCAAGAAUACGGCACGAAACUUAUAACCGAAGGGACAAAGCUGACGUCAGCAUGGGAAAUGCUGAAGCUGUUCCACACGAAAAACGGAUGAGCUCUACAAAACCAGGCAAUGUGUUUUCACCUGUAGACGGGAAAUUAACGACGGAUGGUCGCUAUGGCACGUCUUCUCAAACCACUACAGAAGCUGACAGAGAAAUCGAAACAACUGAAAAUCUUGAGGAAACCACGCCGAGAGGAAAAACGGAUAUAACAAACGCUGAUGAUCCUAAACUCCCCUUUUCAAAUUCUGUUCCGUUUACAAACAGCAGCGCGUCAGGAGGUACACAGCAGCAAAGACGAGUAUGGCAGGAGGUUGCAUUAAGAUACCAACAGAUCCUUCAUAGAGAAUACAGAAUGAUGAACUUGCCUUCUUAUCCGGUGCAAGGAGGUAAUGUCUACCUUUAUUAUGUUCCUGUGAUGGUUGAUCACGGGUCCGCAACUCAGACUCCGAGUUUCAAUUCUGAACACCGUAGCACAGAGGCGGCUGCUCGUGAAAGCAGAAAGGAAAAGGACGACAUCAUUUAUAUCCAUGACAGUGACGACGAAAUCCACAGUGAUGUCAAAGAAGAACUGUCUGAGCUUGUGAAAUCAUGCUCUUUUAGAAAACCUGCUAGGGCUGAAAGUCCUCGUGAAGCCACAUCGCCUAUCUUUGAAAAAAAAAAUCAAGUGGAAAAAUAUUCUCUGAUCAAGUUGGAAGAUCCUGUAUUAAAACCAAAGGAAAGAGUGAAUCAAAGCGAAUAUAACCACCUCUCUGAGAGUUCUAGCGACGGGAGAGAUGAUCCAAAAACAAUCAUGGAUAAUCAAAACAGCGAAUACUAUGAUGAGUACGAUCAAGUCACAGAAGACCAUAUUCGCAUUUUUAAAGGCUAUACAAUAGAAUACCAUCCAGUUUAUCGUGAUAAAUUAAUGAAAGACCAGAAAAAUUCUCGAAGAUCCGAGCAAUACACAGAAAGAGAUGAAAAGAUACUGGAUUUGAAAAAACGUCUUGCUGAACACACGAUAGAACUCGAAAAACUUAAGCAGCAGCAGUCAGUUAAGGAAGGAGUUCCGAGUAAUGGACGUUUAGAUGGAAUUUACCAACAAAAUAACAAAGACAGAUCCACCGACGGAGAAAUAAUCGAAUACAGCAAAUCUUCAGGGGAUCAAGAAGAGAGGGUAUGUCCUAAAGAUUGUCCCUCUACUCAGAUCCAUUACUUUCCCUCAGGGGAACGAAAAACAACCCUCCAAAGAAAGAAUUGUAGAAAACAAACAUCGCCUCGCAGAAUUGAUUCACCUUUCAACGUUAACACGAAGGAAAAGGCCGGCGAUGUAGGAGCUGUUCCAACAGAAAGCGCGGUUAAGAAUUUUGUUUUGAAGAGAAAGUUCAAUCUACCCAGUGGAGUCUUGCAGGAACAGUCGAGUGACGAUAAGAAAAACAAACGAACGCAGUGUUCUAAAAAGACCAAAAUAAGAAGGAAGCGCAAAAGAGGCCAACGAAUGUCGUCGUCUUCCAAACUUAAAGGAAUACGAUCUAUGAAUGAUAAGGGUCAAGAGGAACUUGGUCCAGUAACAAAUCUGGACAGAGCUUGUGCGCCUGAGGACAUCAGUCAGGAGGAGUUUCUGUCAUUGUUUGGCUUGCUGAAAAUGAACCAGAAACAGAGUUAGACCAUGACUUGCAGUUUCAUCUCACUGGAGAAACCAUAACCAGCUCUAUUUAAAGAUGUUUCCGUACAGGGUGCCGUCCAAAGAAAGCUGUUUUCUACGUCCGUUACGUCACUGACGCCGAAAAGACAACGAAAAAGCAUAGAAUUUUUUGGACCUAAAUUUCCGCUUCCUUCGGUUUUCAAUUUUUAAUUCUUUUAUUAACACAUCACUAUUUAAGAUUGGUUUUAUGAUUUCAACAAUAAUAUUACUUAUUUAUCUCAGGAAUAUUGCGUGAAAUCGUCUUCACGUUACAAAAAAAGUGGAGUUUUCGUAACAUCAGUGACAUGACUGUUUUCUAUUUAAAAUAUUUGAUUCUGAACCAUAUCCUGUUACAUAUAUAUCAUGCCAGACUCCUGCAAAUUGUUUAAAAGUUCCUCUCUGGUCAUUAUGUUUAGAAAACACUAGAUUUAAUGGCCGUUUAAUUUUUUUCUUGUGUUUGUGUUUUAACUUUCAAAAGUAUUUAAAACAGUAUGUGGUAGGUGUUGAAGGCCGUAAAAUGUUAUUGAACUAACACGUUAGUUUCAUUCUUUCGCCCUACUAGAAUUUCUAGCUCAACCUCUAGAAUAGACUAUUUCUUUUACUCGGUCCUCCAGAUAUCUGAUUUCUAUAAUUUCGCUAGUUGCUCAGGUGGCAUUUCAAGCUAUGGCUGUGUUUCUGCCACCGCCACAGCCUGCAUCGACUCAAGUGUCGAAGAUCGAUGCAAGAUUUUAUUUUUCUCUUUAAAACCCCUGUUAAAAAUCGGUCAUCGAAUGUAACCAAGAGGUUUGAAAUUGGUGUCGUGCCAUCAUAUGCGUUCAGCUUGGCAAAUGAGAGGUUGUGCAAGAAUCUUAGACGCACUUGUGUCUCUUGAGUGUAUGUCCGGCUGUAUUAAUGCGGUACGUUUUUGGAGAAAUUGGCUGGCUGUAUUAACCGUUUAUUUUACGUCACCCUAUGGUCUGACAAAUUAACUGUAUGAUGCCAUGCAGUGCACACUAAUCGUUUGGUCAGCACAGCCCCAAGUGACGUACCUUUUCCUGUUUGGAAUACCUUUGAAAUUCUGCAUGGAGCUCUUAAAACACGUAAGGUACGUUAUGUUCAUAACGCCCAGAUCAAACAUCGAAAGGACAUGAGAAAAAAUUGAGCAAAUCAGGCUCUCGCAAAAAGUAGCGGAAUUUCACAAUCACAAUUGUAUUAAAAGUUUAGAGUCGCUUUAUCGAUGUUGCAUUACGAUGCUCGAAAAACAAAUUUAAAAUUAUAGUGUAGAUGUUGGAAUUUGAAGUGUUACAAAAGACGGAAAGCCCGCUGAAAUGACCAAUCAUGAUCAGCUGGCACGAAACCCAGUGGCAAAUUUAAAUUAGGGUGCAGGAUUCGAACCAGGCCACAUGAAGCGGCUAGAAAGGGAUCAUUUCACGAUUGCGCCGGCUUCCUUGCUACAUGUUGGGGUUAUAAGCCAAUCCACUAAUUCACAUGGCUAGCGAAAGUACUCCACUGACAACACUAUUCGAACAGCUUUUAAUUCCACUUCAAGAUCAAUUGCCUUUAAAACGCAGACCUAAGUCUAGAUCAUAAACUAUCCAUCGUUACAGAUACGUUUACUUUUUCAAAUUAAACGAGGUUCCUUAAACGUACAUGCCUGUAUCAUUCUUUGAGUUUAGUUUUGAGGAGUCUCUGGGCGGUCAAUUUUGGUGCGCAUGCAUGCUUCCGAGUAAAAAUUUCUUUGGUCCGCUACAGACGUUCAAACGAAGAACUUGCACUAUGGCCUGACCUGGUUCCGUCUAACCUGACCUAACCUGUGAUUAGUUAUUGGAUUAGUGUUGCUGAAAGUUGUGAAGAUCUGAUUAUGCAUGAAGCUGCCCUCUGUAGUUAGAAGAAAGCCCUUCAUUUAUGCACUUGUUUACUACCCAUUUUAUCCUCAAGGAGAGCAGCACCCUGUCGUAGUUUAGUACAACAGACACAUCUUUGAUCGUUCGCAUAUAAAUAAAUCUGAUGACUGAAUCGA